AUGGACCAAGUACCAAAUUCAGCCCAGCAUGUUAUUGAGUGUGACACAGAAUCCUGUAGGAACUUCUCCGAGUUUUACUGCAAUACCUGUCAUCAGGGAAUCUGUGACCAAUGCAAGCAGCCACAUCUAGAGCAGAACAUUGGACAUGAGAUUGUUCUCUAUAAGGAGAGGAAAAGAAAAGUUCCGUCAGAGAAAUGCAGUAUCCACCCCACACAAGAUAUAGAUGUCUACUGCGAUGAUUGCCAUAAUUAUAUCUGUUCUACGUGCUUUGCGCUAAAUCACAGUGAUCAUGUAGUGAGUGACCUCGAAACCAUCUACAAUAACACUCUACACCUAUGCCAGACGGAACUGAUGAAUAUCUGGGGAAAAGUCAUUCCAAAAGCUAAAGAAAAUAUCAAAUCACUUGGAGACAGGAGAGAAUUUGUCAAGAAGAAAAUCUCUGAGUUAAGGUUAUCUAUGAAGAAGUGUGCAGAUGAACUGCGGGAGGCAGUUGACACAAUAUUGGCAAACGCUAGUGAAAAGCUAGACGAGAUCAAGAACUCUAUCCUAAAUGAUCUGAUGGAACAAGAGAAGAACACACAGGAGUGUAUUUAUUACCUGGAAACGACUGUUACAGAUUACGAGCGAAAAAUGCCAUCAAUAAAACCUAGUGAACUACUCAAAUUCCACACUGAUAUUUCAUUAGCUCAACUUAAAACGCCUAACCUAGCAAAACAAAAACUUCCAAUAUUUAUUACAGGUACAUUGAAUACAGAUGAAAUAGCAACACAGUUUGGUGAAAUUAAAAUAAAUUCAUCUGAAGAGCUUUGUUCUUGUAUUACAAAAGUAAAUGAGGUAGCUAUUGAUGCAUCUGGUGUUUCACAUUUAUCAGCACUAUCGGAUAAAUUUUGGGCAAGUGAUAAUUCUGGUUACCUCAUUCAGUCUGACUUGGAAGGACACUUAGCACAGAAAAUACCAAUACAUAUGAGGGGCGUGUGUAGUAACCACAUAGUGACAACAGAAGGAGAGUUAUUUUACACAGAUAAUGAAAAACGAGCCAUCUACAGAGUGACUAGUGACAUGUCAACCACCAAACUAAUAUGCACAAGGGACGAAGAACCUGGAGCCAUAUGUGCUUCUCGCAUUAAUGGACACAUAUUAGUCGGGAUGUGGGGAGACGACUACAUGAAAAUUUAUAGAUACAGCCCAAAAGGGAGGAAGCUACAAGACAUUUCGAUAAAUGAUAAAAGAAAGCAUAUAUACUAUAGUGUAUGCUACAUCACAGAAAACAUCAAUUUUGACAUUUGUACGUCUGACUCCUGGGCCAAAAGUGUAGUGGUAGUGACUGGAUUGGGAGAGUAUCGUUAUUCUUACUCUGGUCACCAGUCUCAAUCUGGAUUCAUACCUUAUGGAAUCUGUACAGAUAACCAAGGACUUAUUUUGGUGUGUAACGGCUAUAAGGAUCGUUUAAAUAAUUGCUGCAGUGUCCACUUGCUGGACAUGGAUGGUCAAUUCCUGACACUUCUGCUCACACCAGAUCAAUGUCCAUACAAACUCCGUGCUCUUUGCUUUGAUGACCAGGACACAUUAAUGGUCGGGAAUGAGGAUAGUCCUACUGUCACUUUGUACAGAUACCACCAAAUGAAAGGAAAUUAA